AUGGAAAUCUGUGUUGUUAUCAGACUGCUACUAACAAUGCAUAUUUUCAUAUUCCAAUCAUGUGCAUCAAUUGGUUCAUCAUUUUCUUCUUCUUCCUCUAAAACAAACAACAAUACAGAUAUGUUAGCACUGCUGGCCUUGAAAUCCAAAAUUCAGUUGCCUUCAAAAAGCCCUAUACUUGGUAGCUGGAACACCAACACCAGUUUAUGCAACUGGUAUGGAGUCUCAUGCAGUCUUCGCCACCAACAACGUGUGAGUGCCUUGAAUAUUUCAUACAUGAAUAUUCAUGGCACCAUCUCACCCCAGAUUGGAAACCUGUCCUUCCUUCGUGUUUUAAACCUCAGUUGCAACAGCUUUGGCGGUCCAAUACCUGAAACGGUGGGGCGGUUGCGCCUUUUGAGAGUGCUUAAUUUUAGAGAUAAUCAACUUGACGGAAGCAUUCCAUCAACCAUUAAUGCACAGAUGCUAACCAAAUUGGAGAUACUAGACCUGCAAUACAACCACUUGGUAGGUACAAUUCCUCCUUCCGUGUUGAACUUCACAACUUUGAAAGGAAUUAGUCUGUCAUCCAAUCGUAUUUCUGCAAGUAUUUCAAAUGAUAUCUGUCGUAGGCUUCCAAAAUUAGAAAUACUACUCCUUUCGUUCAAUCCCCUAGGUGGUCAUAUUCCAACAAGCUUGCGCCUCUGUAGAAAUCUCCAACAACUCGAGCUCCGUGAAAAUAGAUUGACAGGAAGCAUUCCAACAAACCUGGGUUGCUUAUCCCAUCUCAAGUAUCUCAAUCUUUAUACGAACAGAUUGACAGGUAGAAUUCCUGCUUCCUUGGGUAAUCUUUCCAACUUAGAAUCACUCUUGCUUGGGAAUAACAGCUUGUUUGGUGAAAUUCCAGCAGAGUUGGGCCAGCUUUCUAAUUUCAUAUAUCUAGAUGCUUGGUCUAAUAAUCUAUCUGGUAGAUUUCCUCCAGGGCUUUUCAACCUUUCUUUCCUUGAAAUAAUGUCAUUUUCAGAAAAUCAUCUUUCUGGAAAUCUUCCUGAGCUCACUGGCCUUCGGCAGCCAGUUCCUGAGCUUAGAGAACUCUCUUUGAGAGUCAAUCAAUUCAGCGGUAGAAUUCCAGAUUCUAUCUCCAAUACUUUAAUGCUCAAAAUAAUGGAAUUCUCUGACAAUUCCUUUAAUGGACCCGUGCCCAUGACUCUUGGCGAUCUUCGGUAUAUAGAAUCUUUGAGUGUGGAAAACAAUACACUAACCAACCAUCCAUCCCAAAAAGAGCUUCAUUUCCUUACUUCUUUGACACACUGCCACCAGCUGCGAGUUCUGGGAAUAGGGUCCAAUCCUGUAAAAGGUGCACCACCUGAAUCAAUUGGCUAUCUAUCCACUUCUCUUGAAAUCUUUGUUAUAGAUUCAAGCCAAAUUCAAGGUGUGCUUCCAUAUCAAAUUGGUAACUUGAGUGGCUUGUUGGGGUUUGAUGUGUCAAGCAAUGAUCUGGUUGGAGCAAUUCCUUCUUCUAUAGGAAACUUAAAAAAUUUGCAAAGAUUGUAUCUCUAUGGUAACAAAUUCCAAGGAAAUCUUCCAAAUGAGGUGUGUCAGUUAACUUCUCUAAGCGAAUUCACCGUGGCUGAAAAUAAGCUAUAUGGUCCUAUACCUUUUUGUAUUGGGAAUCUUACCACAGUAAAUAGAAUCUCUUUUUCUUCCAAUGCUUUUACCUCUAUACCACACACCAUGUGGCAACUCAGUAGUGUUUGGCUAAUUAAUUUGUCGUUUAACUCCCUCAAUGGGUAUCUUCCUCCUGAGAUUGAAAAGUUGGUGAUGUUGCAAAUAUUCGAUGUAUCCGAAAAUCAAUUAUCAGCAACUAUUCCAGAAACUUUAUCCAAUCUAAAGAUGUUACAGCUCUUGAACUUGUCAGCCAAUGCAUUCCAAGGUAACAUUCCUACCAGCAUCGUCGAUUUGGCAAGCCUGGAAUCAUUGGAUCUAUCAUCCAACAAUUUAUCUGGCAUCAUACCCAAGUCUUUGGAGAAACUCCGCUAUCUCAACUUCUUGAAUCUGUCUUUCAAUAUGUUAAGUGGCCCUGUUCCCGUCAAUGGUGUUUUUGCAAACUUGGCCAGCCAAUCUUUCAUGGGAAACCGAGAUCUAUCUACCAAUUCAUCAAGACUAAAGCUUCCGCCAUGCCCAGACGCAGCACCUUCAAAAUCAAGAAAGGCAGCGUUCUGGUUCAAAUAUAAAGAGCAAGAAUUUGUCAAUCUCUUCGACUAA